GUGUUUUAUCCAUGAAGAGAAUUGGGUGGGCAGAAAACAACUCACAAUUUUGCAUAACAUUUCGUAAAAUGGAACAGCUCGAUCACAAGAACGUUGUUUUUGGCAACGUUAUAAAAGGAAACGAUAUUUUGAUGGAUAUUCAGUAUUAUGGGAGAAAAAUUGGAAAACCAUUGGAAGAGAUAAUUAUAUCGAACUGUGGAGAAUAUGUAAAAUAAUAAUACAUAUUUAUUUGUUAAACAACUUGGGAUUUUCAAUUUCAUAUUAAGAUGUUGGCAGUUUUGAUUGCAAAUGUCCGUUUGACAAACAUAUGUGACAAAAACACGUUAAAAAUAAACAAAUUUCUAGCCAAAAUCCUGCAAAUUUAAUACAAUAGUUGUGUUUUUCGUGAAAUUUUAAACCUUAUUAAUAAGUAUGUUGUAUUUAGAAGAUUAUCUGGAAAUGAUCGAACAUUUACCCCAAGAACUCAGAGAUAGAUUUACUGAUAUGAGGGAAAUGGACUUAAGUAUACAUAAUAAUAUGGACGAACUUGAAAAAAGGGUUAAAGUAUUUUUUAACGAUUGUAAGAGAUUUCAGAAUCAAGAAAUACCUCAAAAUUUAGAAGAAGAAUACAAAUCUAUUAGAAAAGAAUAUUAUAAAACCCUUGAAGAUGCUGAUGAGAAGGUUCAACUAGCAAAUACAAUGUACGAUUUAGUAGAAAAGUACUUAAGAAGACUGGACACGGAACUGCAUAAAUUCAAAUGUGAACUUGAAGCCGAUCACAAAGGAAUAACCGAAGUGUUAGAGAAAAGGUCUUUAGAAUUAGAUACACCUUUGCCAACAUCCAAUAUAUCUAGUCAGCAAAAGGAAAAUAGAUAUGAAAGUGGAAGUUCAAGUAGUUUUCGGUAUAUUCGGUCACGUGGCGAAAAGCGUAGGGAUAGUAGCAUUUCGUUGCCGAACCAGUAUACUGAAAAACGGCAAACCAUCAUUCCAUCUCCUUUGGUCGAACCUAGACAUGUGGCUUCGGUUUCACAGGCCCCUGCUGUAGCCAGCCCGAAUAUAUCUUAUAGUUUGGGCCAUAAUCUAGGUGCAGGAACGGCCAUUGCUGCUGCUGCUUCUCAGGCAAUAGCAGCCACUCAACAAAUGCAACAGGGUAGGAGAACGGCUAGUUUGAAAGCCUCUUACGAAGCUAUUAAUACUAGCGGUCACGAAUUCAUACCGAGAGAACUAGCUGGAGCAGCACAAACUGCCAUACAAGCCAUACAACAGGAUCACGCCAACCACAAAAAGAAACAAAAAAAAUAUAGUAGUAAUAGUCUGUCAUCUAGUUCAUCGUCUGUCCAACAAGUCGUAGCGGCGCCACAGCCAGUCACAGUACCUGAAAUAUCCGCCAUGGAGGUGGAUACUGCCAAUGCCGAAGUGACGGACGAAUGGACGUACGAUCCCAACGAACGUCGGUACUGCCUAUGCAAUCAGGUAUCUUAUGGAGAUAUGGUUGCCUGUGAUAAUGAAGACUGUCCUUCUGAGUGGUUCCACUACCCAUGCGUCGGCAUAACGGCCGCGCCGAAAGGAAAAUGGUACUGCCCGCAGUGUUUAGCGACGAUGAAAAGAAGAGGCGGCAGAAAAAAUUGAUGCUAGUGCACCGUAGCGUCGUACCAUUCAAAAUUCGUCCGAUUUUUGAGUGUAAAAACACUGUUUGUGGACUUUUUCGGUCAUUGCUACGUACAGUUAUGAAUUAAUGGAUAAAAUAAUUCUUACACUCGUCGGUUAAAAAAGUAUUACUUACCUUUUAUAGUUGUAUUUUUUUUAGAAAAGUCUGUAUGUACUUUUUUUUCUAAUCUAUACGCUUAUCUUACCCAUUGCAGUGUAUUACUGUAUAUGUUUUUUUAUAAUUGGUUUGAAGAAAAUAAAGAUUUUUUUACAAUA